GUUAUCAGCGAUUACGAUUUGGUGGUGACCAUUCGGUACAGUGUAUCAGCUGAUUUGUAUUUACAUAAAUUGUGUUAGCUGGAUUUAAUUUACAUGUGUAGGCUGUGAUUAUGGAGCGUUAGUGUAGUGUAGUACAAGUGGGUGUUAGAAUUUUCGAAAAGCGUUCUCGAUUGGCCCAACAUGGAUAGGACGAUGUAUGGCAAGGUGCUGCCAGGCACUUAUUACCCGUUCCGCUGCGCGAUGAAGGAGAACGGAAUAUCGCCGGGCUAUGCCCUGUUGGCUGACCUUCAAAACUCGAUAAACCCCGGCCGCGUCAGUAGUCCCAUCGGGCGGACUACAUCACCGAGUGCCAGGACCAGUUCUCCCGGUAGGACAGCGUCACCAAUUGGAAGAGGCAGCUCCCCUGGUCGAUUGAGCUCCCAGGGGGGAAGUUUGAGCUCCCCUACAUCUACUGGAUAUGGUUCAAUUAAUGGCUCGAGGAAUAUAGGAUCUGAUUAUGCUAAGCCAGCGUCUCCAACCUACCAGAACGCAAGCGUGGUACACGAAAAGGCAGUACCAAAGUACACCAACCAGAGCUUCACACCCAGUUAUGGCGCAAACCCUGGUUAUGGGAGAACGGGCAGGGGGAACCUAUCGGAGCUGGACACAUUAUUGGAUGACCUGAGUAAUGCAAGAUACGGAAACUAUGCAGAGAAGAAUUAUACCGACAGAUCCGAAAACUACACCAGAACCAAUGGUGCUGCCAGUCCUGCCUCAACAAGGCCGACAGUGGAUUCACUUCUGGAUCAACUGAGCACCGAUGUACAUAAUGGACGCGGUUCCACAUCGCCAGUCCCGCCAUCAGGCAGUCUUCCAAGACCCGGCACGAAACAGGUGACGGUGACGGUCCAAGAAACAGUUGUGGAACCAGCUCAGCAGCAGUUACCAGUUCAGCAUGAGACACCAGUACAGACCCAUCGGCAUCAACACGCCUCCAGCGCUACUAAAGAGCUGGAUGAUCUUAUGGCGUCGCUUUCCGACUUUAAGGUUAGCCCAGGUGCUCCCCCAGUAGACGGCGGCGCUCACGUGUAUAGAGAAAAGCGUGCCUGGCAGGAACAAUACCGCAGCAACCCGCGGCAACCUGAAUCAGCAUCUCUGGAGCAUAUGCUCGGAUCCCUAAGAGCGGACAUGAGCCGUCAAGGAGUACAAACCCCCCAAAAGGGAUGUUGCAACGCCUGUGAGAAACCCAUCGUUGGACAGGUCAUCACGGCGCUCGGUCGCACGUGGCAUCCGGAGCACUUCACCUGCGGACACUGCAACCAAGAGUUGGGUACGAGGAACUUCUUUGAACGCGACGGAAGGCCCUACUGCGAACCGGAUUAUCAUAAUCUUUUCUCGCCCAGAUGCGCUUACUGCAAUGGACCUAUCUUGGAUAAAUGCGUGACCGCUCUAGAAAAGACGUGGCACACAGAGCAUUUCUUCUGCGCUCAGUGUGGCCAGCAAUUCGGAGAGGAAGGUUUCCAUGAGAGGGACGGAAAGCCGUACUGUCGUGCGGAUUACUUUGACAUGUUUGCCCCAAAGUGUGGUGGUUGCAACAAACCAAUAAUGGAGAACUACAUCUCUGCUCUUAAUACUCAAUGGCAUCCAGAUUGCUUCGUAUGCAAGGAAUGCCGCGAACCAUUCCACGGAGGCUCCUUCUUCGAGCACGAAGGGCACCCAUAUUGUGAAACGCAUUACCAUGGAAAGCGCGGUUCUUUAUGCGCCGGGUGUCACAAACCCAUAGCCGGCCGUUGUAUCACGGCGAUGUUCCGGAAAUUCCAUCCGGAACAUUUUGUUUGUGCGUUCUGCCUUCGACAAUUGAACAAGGGCACGUUUAAGGAACAAAACGAUAAACCAUAUUGUCAUACGUGCUUUGACAAGCUGUUUGGUUAGGAAUUAAGAUGGCGUUAGCUGGCCUCUGUACUCUAUGGAUUUGACAGAUGACAUUUUGAAGUUCAAAUGAGAGAUUUUUAUUAAAGCAUUUACGCGAGUGCCACAUAUUUUUUAUUAUAUGUUUAAUUGAUUUGUCUUAAUAUAACAAAACUGUCAUGAUUAUCGAUAUGGAUAAUUAAACGCGAGCUAGAACACUUCAGUGCCAUGAUAAAUGGAUCUGGUGACAGAAAGAGAUAUUGCUUUGUACUAUUUCGCACAAUAAUCAACCUUCGCACUUUAGAAAUAUGGUCUUAAUUUUCGUUAUUCAAAAACGUGUUCAUAGAGAUUUUGCUAAGUAAUGUCAAACGUACAACGAAUACAAGUAUUGUCUCUUUCUAACAUUCAAUGAAUAUUGCUUAUUCCUCUCUCUCCUUAUUGAUACAAUUUUAUAAAAACUGGCAAAAAAUUUAAGAUUAAUAGAAAUUAUUCCAUCUCUUUUCCUCCUAUAACAGUCAAAAGAGGGAAGGAGAAGGAAAUAUAUAGAGGUCAGUGUUCUUGAAAACCCACAAAUUAUUUAUGUCUUGUAAAGAUAAACUGCCAUAUGUUAAAUUAAGAAAUCGUUCUAGAUGAGACUAGAAAAAAAAUCUAUUUUAGGUCUAAAUGUACUAUACAUAAAACAUACAUACAAUAUUGACUCUCAGAAGUGAUUAUUUAAAUGUAAUCUUAUUAAUUUUUACCUUUUUUUAUUUACCAUAAGGUAAACACAUCUACAUAAGGAUUAGUGAAAGGUAUCGCAAAAAAUAUUUAGUUUUUCCCGCACAGACCAUAUAAAUUAAUUUAGUCUCGUCUAGAAUCUAUAGAAUUGUCUGUGGUAUUGUUUAUUGUUGUUCUAAUAUUAGUUAUAACUUAAGAUAAAAUGUAUUUAUCUAAUUCUGUAGUCUAGAAAAAAAUAAUGUGAUGAAUUAGCGUUCGUACUAAAUUCUAAAACUAGAUAGAUUAUUCAGGAAUAAAAUAAAGAAUUUUGACGUAUUUGUAGAUUUAAUGUCAGAUGGCAAUGAAAGUUGAGUUGGCGGGAAAAAUAUUACGGUCAUCAUCAAAAUAAUGCAAUAUUACAGACACACAAUCAAUAAUAAUACUGCAAAAUUGUAUUAUUUAUAAACAUAGUUUUUCUUAUCUGUGAAGCAAUUUAAGAAAUCUUAUCAUUGACAUUAUUUUAAAAAAUCAUUUGUAUUUUUUAUAUAUAUAUGUCUGUUAUGUUUCCUUACUAAAUGAAUAAUAAAAAAAACGGAAUGCAAAAAGCGCCAUACUUAAUUAAUAAAUACUUUUUUUUGUAUUUUACUAUUUUGUUUCUACUUGGUAAUUAUUAUUUAAAAUUAAUUACCUAAUAACCAAUUCGAGGGUCCUUCAAGAAAUAAGCGUAGCAAUUCUUAAUGGGCGGCGAAAUCACUUCA